AAGCUGUUAGGCCCUUACAACUUGAGACAGCAGAGGAUCUUGAACUGGUGAUCCAAAAUAUGUCAGAUCGCAUCGAGAAGCAUUCCACAAUGCCAGACUCACCUGUGGAUGUGAAGACACAAUCCAGGCUGACGCCUCCAACAAUGCCACCUCCUCCCACUACCCAAGGAGCCCCAAGAACCAGUUCUUUCACACCCACAACGUUAACCAAUGGCACAAGCCAUUCACCAACGGCACUGAAUGGGGCUCCCUCACCACCUAAUGGCUUUAGUAACGGGCCCUCCUCAUCGUCCUCAUCCUCUUUGGCCAAUCAGCAGUUACCACCAGCUUGUGGAGCUCGGCAGCUGAGCAAACUGAAGAGAUUUCUUACAACUUUGCAGCAGUUUGGCAAUGACAUUUCACCAGAAAUUGGGGAGAGGGUGCGUACCCUUGUACUAGGACUUGUGAAUUCUACUUUGACAAUUGAAGAAUUUCAUUCCAAACUGCAAGAAGCUACUAACUUCCCACUGCGACCUUUUGUCAUCCCAUUUUUGAAGGCCAAUCUGCCCCUGCUACAGCGGGAGCUCCUGCACUGUGCAAGGCUGGCCAAGCAGAACCCCGCCCAGUACCUCGCUCAACAUGAGCAGCUGCUUCUGGAUGCCAGCACCACCUCACCUGUUGACUCCUCAGAGCUGCUUCUCGAUGUGAACGAAAACGGGAAGAGGCGAACUCCAGACAGAACCAAAGAAAAUGGCUUUGACAGAGAGCCUUUGCACUCAGAGCAUCCAAGCAAGCGGCCCUGCACUAUUAGCCCAGGCCAGCGGUACAGUCCAAAUAAUGGCUUGUCUUACCAGCCCAAUGGUCUGCCUCACCCUACCCCGCCUCCACCUCAGCAUUACCGUUUGGAUGAUAUGGCCAUUGCCCACCACUACAGGGACUCAUACAGACACCCCAACCACAGGGACCUCAGGGACAGAAACAGACCUAUGGGGUUGCAUGGCACGCGUCAAGAAGAAAUGAUUGACCAUAGGCUAACAGACAGAGAAUGGGCAGAAGAAUGGAAACACCUUGACCAUCUCUUAAACUGCAUCAUGGACAUGGUGGAAAAAACGAGGCGCUCUCUCACUGUGCUACGGCGAUGUCAGGAAGCUGAUCGGGAAGAACUCAAUUACUGGAUACGGCGGUACAGUGAUGCGGAAGAUUUAAAAAAAGGCAGUGGUAGUAAUCAUUCCAGGCAGCAGAGUCCAGUGAAUCCAGAUCCAGUCCCUUUAGAUUCACAUCGGGAAUUCCUUCACAGGCCUGCUUCUGGAUAUGUGCCAGAAGAGAUCUGGAAGAAAGCUGAGGAAGCAGUCAAUGAAGUAAAACGUCAAGCGAUGACUGAAUUGCAGAAGGCAGUGUCGGAGGCAGAACGGAAAGCCCAUGACAUGAUCACUACAGAGAGAGCUAAAAUGGAGCGCACGGUAGCUGAGGCCAAGCGACAGGCUGCAGAAGAUGCACUAGCUGUGAUCAACCAGCAAGAAGAUUCUAGUGAGAGUUGCUGGAACUGUGGCCGUAAAGCUAGUGAAACCUGCAGUGGUUGCAACACAGCACGAUACUGUGGCUCAUUUUGCCAACAUAAGGACUGGGAGAAGCACCAUCACAUCUGUGGACAGACACUUCAAGCCCAGCAGCAAGGAGAGACACCAGCAGUCAGCUCCUCAGCAACAUCCAAUAGUGGAGCCGGGAGCCCCAUUGAUACACCACCAGCAGCUACUCCUCGGUCAACCACUCCUGGAACCCCAUCCACCAUAGAGACAACUCCUCGCUAA